CUCCCAGCGCAGACGGCUCUGCAGCACCACGGAGAGAGAAAAGCGCUCGCUGGCACGCGCACCCGGCCCUCGGAGCCCAGACGCGCACAGACACGCACUGCGCACGGAGACAGGAGCCCGUGAAGAACGCGAGAAUCCACUCGUCCUCCUCCUCCUCUCUCUCUCUCCGCCACCUCGCUCCUCGCCGUCCUCUCUCCCGUCACCUUGACGCUCUUUUUGUCCUCGUCCUCCCCGGCUGCGUCGGACACGUAGGGAGCAAUGCCAGGGGAAGCGGCCCACCGCAGCGUCCCCUCCCCGGCCUUGCCCGAGGCGGGGCAGGAGAACACGGGCAUCCCGGGGCCAGACAUGACCAGACAAGCUUCCAGCUCUUCUGCCUCCACUCCAAGUGACUGUGCAUCCACUCCCUCCCCCAGCACUCCAUCAAAGCUCUCCCCAGAAUGCACCGCUCUAUUUGGGCCACGGCUACCCAUGGCCAAACACUAUGCUUCAGCAAGGCCCCAGCCAGAAGGAGCCAGCAGUGAUGGGGGCUCAGACGGUCGGCUUGGAGGCUCAGGACGGCUCACUAACAAAUUUGCUCGAGGGUCUUACAAACAUGGGUCAAUCAAGAUGGAAAGGAUCAAGGUGCUGACAGGGACAGAAGUGGAGAGUGACUACAAGGAGCCAGAGACUAUGGACACAAGGGUGGUGAUGGGUCAGGAGGCUCUUCUAAGGAACAUGGAGACCCAGCGGGGGACACUUUUACAGAAGAAAACUGGGCAGGAAGCCCACAGUCUGGAAAGCAAAACUGUGCUCCCAUCCACUGCCCUGGGGGAGGGUAAGAUGGGAUGUUCAGAGAAAGCAGAGCUGGACACCGGCCAAAAGAGUCCCUCUGUCAUACACGAUGAGUGCCUGACCACUAAAACGGAGCCAGAGAAAGACUCUGCGCAGCUCCUCACCCAUCCUGUCCUGGAACCCAAAGCAAUGUUGGAUGUUGAACUGACUGAGAGCUGUAGCUCCAUGGGAGGGGAAGGAGGGGAGGAACUAUCUCAGGGUGAAGUGCCUUCCUUGUCUUUUUCAGAACCCUCCUGUAUGGUUGAUCCCCAACGAGUGGGGGUACCCUCAAGUCUGGACCCAGACCUCUACUACACUGCUCCCUCCACUCCCAUUAAGAUGGCCUAUUGCUCACACCUUAAGCACCAGUGGUACCCCAGCUCAAGUCCAGGACCAGGCUCCCCAACUGAUGAGUCCUCUGACCUUCCUGAAAGUGAAGGGAUGUGCUCUCCUCCCACUUCCCCUUCAGGCUCUUACAUCACUGCUGAGGGAGGCAGCUGGACCUCCUCCUACACAUCCAGCACCUCCCCAUCCUGUUCCCCAAACCUCAUUGCUGAGGCAGAGUUGCAAGAGGCACCUGCUUGCUAUGUUGAGUCCCUCUCAGAGAUUGGGGAUGAGCUUGGUGAGGACAGAGGCGGUGCUGAGAAAGACACCUGCAUUUACAAGGCUGAUGGGCCGGGGCUGUCAGAAAAAGAUGUUACUUUUACAGAGGGCAUGGAUGCACCUAAGAGGGGAACCUGCCGGCCCCACUGGGUAACUGAAGAAACCUCUCCCCAGAGGAGUAGCAGUGGGAGGAGUACCUCAUCCCAGGAAGGCGGAGUUGAGUCUGAGGGGUCCUUGGAGCCACUGGAGGAGCAGGAUGCUGUCGAGCUGGGAGAAUAUGUGGAUCCAGAACAAGAUGUGGAGCUGGAUUUGAAUGCCUGCGUCUCAGAACAUUUUGCUACCCUAGAUGCCCCCCUCAGCCCAGAGGAGGUAAUCUCCCCAGACCUAGUGACCUCUUACCCAUUUGUUCAUCGCCUGGCUGCAGCCGUUGACACGGGCAGCCUGACUCCAGCCACCUGCUCCUCUGAAGUAUCAGACACAGACAACAACAGCCUCUAUGGUGAGAUGGCCUCUUCUGCCCUGCUUUUUCCAUCCCGAGAGGAUAGCCAGGGUGGAGACAUGAUGAUACCAGCCUCUAUGCUUCCUUUGCAUGCUAGUCUUAUCUUCCAAGCUGACUCCAUGGAGAUCACAUUGUUCCCCACAGAGGAUGAACCCAGUAAUGAUGUGGAUGCCUAUGCAGCUGGAGAGGAGGAAGGAGAUGUGGAUGAAGAUGAAGAUGAAGAGGAGGUGGAGGAUGAAGAAGAGGAGGCAGAAGGAGUAGUGGAAGAGGAAGGCAAAGUUUUAGAGGACCUCAACGAGGAAGGCAAAGUUUUAGAGGACCUCAACGAGGAAGACACAUCUGCAUCCUUCUUAAACUCCCUUUCAGAGACCUCCAUCAAUGAGGGUGUAGAUGAGUCUUUUGCCUUCCAGGAUGACACAGAGGAAUCAAUUGAUUCUGCCUCUUACAAUGGUGAGGAAGACGAGAGGCUAUACAGCACAGAGAGGCAUGCUGAACUGGCUCAGCAGUUCCCAGGGCCAGAUGACCCAGCGGAAUCUACAAUUCCCCAGCAGCAGGAUUCCUUCAACUCAGGAAGUGGGAGUGAAAGUGAGAUGGAGAUCUCCUCUGAGUCAUCUGAUGUAAAUCAUGGACCUAACAAGAGCUCAACAACUGGCUGUGCCAGCUCAACUGACGUGAGUCCACCUACACAUCCAGCGGCACAUAAGAGAAAGGUUAAAACAUCUCUUGUUGCAGAAGAAGUCCAAAUGCCUCAGCAAGCUGAACUGGAGGAUACAGAGGCUAAAGCUAGCAUGGCAAAGGAAACAGCUGAUGCACAUUUCAUACCACCUUCACAGGCAGGUGCCUUGCAGCUGACAAUACAAGCCAGUGAAAAUGAUCAUCCUUUUAUUGGUGAGCUGAUCAAAAGCUCUGAAGACAAGGUAGGCAAGCUCUCCACUUGCCUGAGUGGAGCAGCCAUAGCAACAGGGGGUGAGUAUCCAGACCUUGUUGCAGAACUUGCAGAUCAGAAAAAUGGCAACAGUGUGGACUAUGCAGACCCAUCACUGAACCUGGAUGAGACAGCCACCAAUGAUCUAAAUAAAGGUGUACCACUACUUUCUCACCCCAAAGAUGACUGCUGCAACCCCAGCAACAUACCCAUCUCCACAAGCCAUGAGGCUUCGUCUGAUGUGCUGGACAACCUGGCCGUCACCAUCAAAGAUGUCACAACCUUGGGAUCACCUCUGAACCAGGAUAACCUGGCUGAGGAUCAGCCCUGCACAGAUGACAUAAACUUGUGCCCACUCAACCCACCUUGUUCUGCCUACAGUGUGCUGGCUGUUUCACCAAAGAAAGAAAACUCUGAUACCAAUGCCUCAGGUGCUGAACCUUCAUCCAGAGGUUGGGAAUCAGGAGUGCCUCUGGCCUCGGGAGAAUGUCAUGGCUAUGAUGCAGAGAGCUUACUGUUGUGUGAGAUAGCUGGUCCAUUGGGCACUGAGGCCACUGCUAUUUGCCCCAACAUUGGCUCAGGAGGUGAUACCUUAACAGACCAGGAUGAUAACAUAAGCUGUGACAAUUUACGGCUAGAAUCAUCAGAAACAGAGGGAGGUAUGCUUAAGUCAAAUCUAUCAAACUGGAAAUCCAUAGAGGAGAUUUCAGAGGCAGGCGGAGGGGAGGACGGAAGCUUGCACUUUCCUGAGGAUGAAGACAACAACCUUCGAGAUCAAGAAGAUGAUCCAACCAGACAGAUUGAGGAAGCAGAAGCAAUAUGUGAGGAAGCACAUAUUGAUCCAGAAAGCUCUAGUCUACUGUUAAGUUCCACAGCGCCACCAAAAUGUCUCCAAUUCAACAUCCUUUCUGAAGAUGAUAACAAGGAUACCAAAAACCGAUCUCAACUUAUGGAACAGGAUUGUGCAAACAUCCCUGAAGAAUCUGUAUCAAAUGUAUCUAUAGUGGAGGAGCUACAUCAUGAUGUAGCUGCUGUGAGCUCUGAAGGGUUGCAUACGGAAGGGGCCACUCAAGAAAUUACAAAACCACAGCCUGUAUCCCCUGCAGGUAUAAAAACUGACAACAGUGGGCUACCAGGUAUUAAGACCCAAAUGCAAAAAACACACAAUUCAAACAGUACCGCUGAUGCUAAAGAGAAAAGGUCUCCAACUGUAGACAAAUCCCUCAGUAAGAAUGGCAUUGGAGAAGAGAGUAAAGCUAGUGCCAUUGAACCCAAGGAUACAAUUUCAUUACUGGGGGGAUCUUUUGGCACAUUUAACCCUAGAAAAAAUUCCAACAUCUCCAGGCCAGAAAGACCUCUAGUAAAUAGUCCUUCACCAAGAAAGGACUCAGUGGUGAAAUGCAAGGACCAUGAGGUUGUAUUAGAGGCAGCAGUGUUGACAAGUAUAGAGUCACACACUGGUGUUAAGACUGAGAACCAAACUGAGAACAGCAAAGGCACAUUAGCACUUGAGACAUGUCCUAAUGAACCAAAGACUAUAGUUACCGUUAAGGGACAAGAGUGUACAAAGACAAAGGGGAAUUCUCAUAUGUCAAGGGAAGGUAAUACAGGUGACAAUGAGCUAAGAAUCCCUCUAAAGGAGACAGUUAUGGAAAGCUUGACAUUGGCAGAGAACGAUCACAAACAAGAGCAUGUUAUGGAGGAGGAAUCAACUCUACACAAGACAGAUGGGGAAGGAAAAGGGAAAGAUGGCAAGCUGAUUUGUCAGAGUGAGCAAGACACCUCUGAGGAUUCUGUUGACAAAAAAACAAAGCAACCUGGUGCAUUUGCAAGUCACCUUCCCAUCACUGCAAAUGAGAACCUGAUAAAAAAGGAUUUUGUCUCUGAAAACUCCAAGGAAAAUGCCUCAUCCAGCAAGAGCAUCUGCGAGGUGAUAGCACUUGAGAAAAGCCACAUAUCUGUGAAUGAGGUGGUCUCAGAGGAUCAACACCUUGUAGCAACUCAGAGGCGGGAAGGUGUAAGGACGAGUCCUUCUGUUGCAUCAGAGGAAAGUGUGGGUCAAACGAAUCACAACCUUAUCAACACUGCAAGUCCGGUUGUGUCAGAUCAAAGUGCAAACAAGCUAAACCAAGAUAAACCUGCCAUCCAAACUCAAAGUCCCUCUGCUGCCUGUGAGGUUGAGGACAAGCAGACUGUGUUAGUAAAGGAAGAGGUGCUUGAUAGCAGCACUUUACAGAGAGGGCACCUAGCAGGCAGCACAAGAGACAUCAAUGCCAACCAUGUUGACAGCAAUCUGAUGUCCACUGCAGAGCAACACCAGUCUGUCCCCCUGGGAGUCUCCAAGAGUAAAGCCAGUGAAGAGCUUUCCCUCCCCAUCCAGGAGUCCCUGGCUGAGGUCAUCAAUCCUGAACAGUCCCCUCCUGAGCUACACACUAAAUCAGACCCUAUGCACCGCUGCACUGAUACCCCUACACCCCUCAAUUCCCACAGCCUUUCACAGCCCCUCCAGGAGACUGUACCUAUGCCCGACCAGCCACCCUCAGCGCCAGUCCAGGAUUCGCAGCACCCAGCAGACAGGCAGCCUUCAUCAUUGAAGCAGCAUUCGCAGGAGAAGCUGAGAGGUGGCACAGAAGAGGAGGCUGAGACCAGUAGCACAGAAUCACCACGCGGACCACAGCCUCGGUCCAGCGAAGUUUCAGGGCACAAGGGUUGCCGUCAAAGGGGGUCCUUGCACACCGAAUCCAGCUCCUCUAGUGAGAGAGAGCUCCCAUCUUCCCCAGACCAGGUUUUCAGCCCCACUCCCCAUACCUCUGUCUGUGUGGAGCCACAUCCACCAGAGAGACAGGAGCCCCUCAGUCAAUGCCCCAUCUCCUACAGUCACAACACAACAGCCGAGGUUGAUUUAUCCUUCAAAAACAAGGGUAUGCGUAUAUUGGGUUCCUGCAAUGAGUCAGACAGUGACGGCUCUGUACCUGAGCUGGAGGAACCAGAGAGUCCACUGCUGAGAGCCACAGACACACAGUCUCAGCUGUCUCACUCAGCGCCCCCUGGUGAUGAGUCCAUGAACAAGGCAAAGCAGAGCCGCAGUGAAAAGAAAGCACGGAAGGCUAUGUCCAAGCUAGGGCUGAGGCAGAUCCAGGGAGUUACACGCAUCACCAUCCGCAAGUCCAAAAACAUCCUGUUCGUCAUCACCCGACCUGACGUCUUCAAGAGCCCAGCCUCUGACAUCUACAUUGUGUUUGGAGAAGCCAAGAUUGAAGACCUCUCCCAGCAGGUGCACAAGGCUGCUGCUGAGAAAUUUAAGGUUCCUCUGGAGCCCUCACCCCUCAUCCCAGAGAGCACCCCCAGCCUGAGCAUCAAGGAGGAGAGCGAGGAGGAAGAGGAGGAGGUGGAUGAGGCUGGCCUGGAGCUCAGGGAUAUUGAGCUGGUCAUGGCGCAGGCCAAUGUGUCCAGAGGGAAGGCUGUCCGCGCGCUGCGGCACAACAAGAACGACAUCGUCAAUGCUAUCAUGGAGCUGACCAUGUGAGAGGAGAGAGGCCCCUCUGCCUUUUCUCCCCCCACCCGCCCUCACCACCCAUACACACUAUAGACUCCACUGUAUUGCUGCUAUGUUGCAUCCCCCUGUACCUGCUAAAUAAAACUGUCUGCUAUAACCAUA